AUGCAUUCGCCCUUGAGAGUAAAUGGCCCUCGAUUGAUGGAGUCGAUUCAUUCAACAUGUGAAUUUGGCAAGGCGCAUCCUUACGGGGAACAUGAAACAGAGACUGGGAUGGCUCGUUUGGCUUUAAAUGAUGAUGAUAAGAAAGUGCGUGAAUGGUUGAUCAAGCAGGUCAAGGCAGUGGGAUGCUCGGUGACAAUCGACCAGAUGGGCAAUAUAUUUGCCGUUCGACCCGGAAGAAACAAAACGGCACCACCGAUUAUGAUGGGGUCUCAUCUAGACACACAACCUACGGGGGGCCGAUAUGAUGGGAUUCUAGGUGUUCUUGCUGCUCUAGAAGCGUUGCGUACAAUACAUGAAAGUAACUACGAGACGGAGGGGCCAAUCGGCCUAAUUAACUGGACCAAUGAAGAAGGCGCAAGAUUCCCCAUGGUGACAGUAUCUUCUGGCGUUUGGGCGGAUGUAGUCCCACUCGAAACUGCCUGGAACUGUCGAGAAGUGGCUUCGCUGAGCCAACACUCAGAACUGAAAACAAUGAAAGAAGAGUUGAUACGUAUUGGAUUCCUGGGAGAGACACCAGCGUCAUACAAGGCACUACCGAUCGGGGCCCACUUUGAGCUUCACAUUGAGCAAGGGCCUAUUCUAGAGGAUGAAGGGCAGAAGAUUGGGGUGGUCACAGGUGGCCAGGCGUAUAGCUGGUUUGAAAUCGAAGUCAAAGGCCAAGACUGCCAUGCCGGUACGACUCCUCUAGCCUCUAGAAGAGAUCCUCUUCUAGCAGCGGCAAAGAUGAUUAGCGCAUCAAACAAAAUUGCUCGAGAGUCUUCAGGCCUGAUCACAACCGGAAUUCUGCGAAUGGAGCCUGGUAGCAUCAAUACCAUGGCGCAUACAGUACAGUUCACUAUGGACAUUCGUCAUCCACACGACGAGAAGGUUUCUUACAUGGUCGAAAAAUGCCGUGAGGCAUUCGAUACAAUUGCGACGAAAGACAGCGAGCGAGGGGUCAAGGUGACUUGGAAAUCGUUAACUGAGAACAUGGCAGUUAGUUUCCACCCAGACUGUAUCUCUGUGGUCGAGAAGUCUUCAGAAGAAGUUUGUGCUGGACUCAUGAAAGAAUCAUCGGACAAAGUUUUAUGGCGACACAUGACAAGUGGCGCAGGUCAUGACAGUUGCAAUGUAAGCAAGAGAUGCCCAACAGGUAUGAUCUUCACACCAACGCGAAAUGGGAUGAGCCAUACCCCGGACGAAUUUUGUAGUUCAGAGGACUGCAUACUUGGCACAGAGGUGCUUAUGGGAUCUGUUUUGAAGUACGAUAUUCUGCGGGCCCAGCAAGGACAACUUGACCAAUAG